AUGGCACCGGGCAGUGGCUACCUUUCGGUAAAGCCUGGAGUUAAGGUGAAGGUGCUCUACAUUGGUUCAGCGGACGAAGAAGGGUGGAUCUUUGCAGAAACAGAGUCAGCUGAACGAGGAUGGCUCAGCACAGAUUCGGCAGCACCACGCGAUGUACAGAACUUGGAACGAAAGAUUCAGCCGCAUGUCAUGACGGCGCUUCGCGGCUGGCUUCCUGAGCGGCCAGGGCAUUUGCGGAUCAGGAAGGGUGACCAGCUCUAUGUCGAAAGACAAGAACCUGGCUGGCUGUACGGAUUUGUGUCUCAAGGCACUUGUGGCUGGUUCUCGGCAGAGGUGCUGACAAAGCCUCCACCACCCAAGGGUCCGAGACCUGGGGCUUUACUGCAGCCGAGAUUGCCAGAUUUCCUUGUGGGCCAAAGAGCCCCAAAAGUUCCCUGGAAUUAUGUCUUGGAAGAUCGGGGUUGUUUUGCGGCAUCUUUGCCAGCAGAGAAGGUCGCAUCCCUCCUGGGAAAUGUGGAAAACAAGGCAUGGGGCACCUACUGGGUAAAGCGGGUUGCGCAAGGCAUUGAAGAUUUGGGUGGUUUCGAGCGACCCUCUGGCCCUCUCGGCGUCAUUGCCCGUGGUACCAAGUGGUUGGUCAAGGAAGGCUGCAGCUGCCCUUACCGCUACUCCGGCAUGGAGGUGGACGCCAAACCCUUUCCUUCUUGGAUGGAUGACCUUCUGGAGCAGGUGAUGUCACUUUGUGGUUUGAGAGAGGAGGAGUGGCCCAAUGCCUGCAACGUGAACCUGUACGUUGGCACUGAUGGCCUAUCCUGGCACGCAGAUGAUGAGCCUUUGAUGGAAACGGAAGAUGGAAACUGCUGUAUCAUCUCACUUUCACUCGGCCAGGAGCGACCCUUCCAGCUGAAACCCAACGAAAGCCAGGAGGCCACGCACGAACUGAUCUUGGGUGGUGGUGCUUUGUGCACCAUGGAGGGCCAGACUCAAAGGCGGGAAGGGCUUGGACCAAGUGCUUAG